GGGCAUUCUUCGGGUGACUGGGCGGGCUCCAGCCUCCUCGCCUGGCUGUCCAAUCCCGUCUGCUCGCCGCUCUCAGCCCAUCCCCGGGCCCUCUCCAUCCUUCCCGCACACCCUUCCCAGCACCCGCCCUGUCGCCCUGUUGCCCAGACGCUGAUCCGCUUCGCUGGACCAAAACCACCAUCGCACCCGCCGACGCCGAUUGUUCCGCUCGACGAUUCCGACCCCGUACUCUGGUAGCGGUUGCUGCAUCUCGCCCCGGUAAUGGUCUGACUGCGCGCCCAUGUCUCCGUGAGACGAAACGCCGCCUCGAGUCGCUUCGGCCGCGGUGAUGGCGACGGGGAAACCGACGACUCCUCCAAUAUUGCGGAACGGCCGGCGCCGCAAGGUCCCAGAUCCUCUGAAGAGCGGCGGGAUCGCGCGCAGCACAACUUGCGGAGCAGACUUCCUCUUCCCAACAAGAGGCCUCGCGUUCUCCCACCUCGACACCGUCAACAUCACAUACCGUUCCGGCCUCGCCAAUCCCGUUCUGUUGUGCUGGUGUGGCACCCCCGGGAGGGCAACAUUGAAAUUUCGCGCCGACAAUGUCAGUCCGUUCGACGGCAACGCCCUAGUCUCCCUGAACUUUGCCUCGGAUGACCCCUGCUGGUUCGAGCUGACAUCCGACGCUGGCGACUGCCGCGACGCCAGCGAGACGUUUCUCCUUUCGCCCGGCCUGCGUGCCUCGGCAACCCCCCCUUUAGCAGCCCGCACCGUCGCCGCCGUGGAUUCUCAGGAAAGCGACUCUCGGGGAGACAGCUUCAGCGCCGGUGCCAAGGCAGCCUUGGGCAUUGGGAUUGCGCUCAGCUGCAUUGCCAUCGGCGCUAUGGCUGCUUUUUUGUAUUUCAGACGCCGCCGCGGCGCACAGGCUGGGAACGUGGCGGGCGGCAUGGGCAACCACGCAGGUUGCGGUGGCAGGAAAGGGCCCGAAAAGAAGAGGAAAAAAGGCGCUGCGUCAGACGCGUCGGGCCACUCUGACGAGCCGCUCUGCCCUAUACAACCCGUCUUCGACGGCUACCCAGGCUCGACAGGCUAUGACGACGUGCGCUCACUCCACUCUACCGUGCAUUCGCAUUCGCCAACCGGGGCGCAGUCGCCCACGCACUCGCAGUCCGGAGGCUUCUGGACGCAUGAACGCAGCAUCGAGCGUGAAGAGCUCACAGCGGCGCGACUCAGGUCCCAACUACAAGCCUCAGCUCCGACCGUCGUAUCGUACGGUCCCAACCCCGUCACACCGACCCUGAUGCCUCGAACGCAACCGAGGCUAAACGUGAACUCGGCCGCCUCGCCGAUAUCCCCAGGUAGCACGGACCAAAUGCCCUAUGUGUCCCACUACACCGACUACAGCAGCUACAGCCUCCCUCCUCCGAGUGUCAUGUCCGACCCAAAUCCGUCACCGCCGAGGAAACCCGCGGUACCCGCUGUGGUUUCGUACGGGCCGAACAAGGUCACUCCCACGCCGCAGGUCGUCUCGCCCACCGUCCCGCCCGACGAAAGCAUCGUCAAGCGCAGGUUCGCCGAGGCCGCCGCCGCCCAGUCGGCCGCGUCCAACGAGCGCAAGUUCUCCUGGGAGGCCGACUCGCCGCUGCUGGGCGUGUCGAUGGGCCCGCUGCCGCCGUACGCGUCGUCCGAGGAAUUCGAGGCCAUGGAGAAGGGCGCCGUCCGCAAGCUGGCCGAGCCCCAGGCCGAGGCCGAGCUGCCGCCCACCAAGGACGGCUUCUACCACUACACCUCCGACACGGUCGAGUACGAGCUCCCCGGCGCCGCGCCCCAGCACGAGCCGCAACUGCCGUUCCGGCCGUACUUGCAGCAUGCGCACGCGCAGGCCGGGCCGUCGAGCAUCGGCGGCGGCGGCGGAGGGAGGACCAACAGGGUGAUUGAUGAGCAGAAGUUCCUGCUCUCUGAUGCGGAGAUCUCGAGGAUGCGCGCCGAGAAGGCGGCCAGGGGGGACACUGCUGCCGCGCCUGCUGUCCGGGCAAUGGAGGAAGAGGAGGGGGAGUCGUAUGACUUGGGCGACGCGCGCAGCAGGAGGUGACAUUGGUGCUUGGGUCGGCGGACCACGGGACCCCAUAUACGUCGGAGUGAGAUGGAUAACACGCUGCUGCGCAUUUCUAAUGAGGGAGCGGAGCGUUGAUGAGACUCGAGGCGCGGGAAAAAUCCCGAGGGGGGGAGAUCGUUUGGGUCAGGGCGGUUCCUUGAAAGAGAUGGAGCAUUAUAUACCAUUGGCCAGGCGUUAGGAGUUACACUGAAGUCUCCUUCAUGUCCGAGCGACAUACAUAUCAACUCAGGGCCUGGAGGAGUGAAGGGGAGGUUUUUUGUUUCUGCGGCUUUUCGUGCCCGCAUUUUGGAUAGCAUUUUUUUCACAAGACCCGUUGAACGACACAUAAGAUGUCGUCUUCC